AUGUCAGGCGAGGCGGGCAGCGCCCCGGCGGGCGGCCCCGAGCUGUCGGCCGCGGAGAAGCGCCGGCAGAGGAUCCUCGCGCGCGGCAAGGACCGCCUCGCGAAGAUCACGGGCGCCGCGACGGAGUCGAGCAGCGAGGCGGUGCCAGCCGCGCGCGAGCCCGACGUGUCCAAGCCCGUGCCGCCCGCCGCGCCGCCGGACGAGAGGCAGGCGGCAGUGUCCGAGCCGAAGGCCGGCGCGGCGGGCGACCGGGAGCGCGAGGCGCCGUCGUCCGCAGCGCAGGAAGAGGACGAGGCGCAGAAAGCGGCCGGUUCCCCCCCGCGGGAGGCGUCAGGGGCGGCGCAGGGCGGCGGAGGGGCUCGGGAGGCGAAGAACGCGAGCGAGCCGAUUGGGCUUGGGUCGGGGAUCCGCAACAGGAAGCCGCAAACAGCUGCGGGCCCGAAGGCCUCCAACGACGACGAGGACUGGACGAUCGACGCGGGGCGCCAGGUCCUCAAGAAGGCGUCCCAGCGGGACGGAUCGGGGCCCAGGCCACCCGCGCGGGCGCAGACCCUCAGCGCGUGGAACCGGCUCGAAUACGCGGUGCACGUCACCGCGCUCCUGCGGCUCCUCCUCGCGCUGUGCGUCGCGGGCCUCGCGGUCGCGCGGGCGUACGUCCCGGCGCUGGCGGGGGACGCCCCGCUGGGCCUGCCGCCCGGUGCCGCCGCGCAGGCCGCGGUGGUCGCGCUGGAGCGCCCGCUCGCCCUGCUGCUGGCGCUCAUCGCGCUGGUCGUCGCCGGCGCGUUCCUGUACUCAGGCACGGCCAAGGCGAAGGAAGCGGUGCUGGCGCGGAGCCGCGCGCAGCAGAGCACGGGCGCGUUCGCGCCGCUGAAGAUGAUGAUGGCCGCGGUGCCGCAGCUCCGCGCGCCCUUCGAGAUGGCCACCACGUUCAUGGCGGCCAGCGGCUCCGUCCUAGGGGACGUGGCGAUCUACCUGACCGUCGUCGCUGCGGUGCUCGGCGUGCCCGCUGCUGCGUUCCUGGACGAGAUGGCGCGCAGCGAGGGCGCGGACGUCGGCGCGGGGCGCGCGGCGGACCCGGACGCGCACUUCGAGUUCUAG